AUGGAAGCACAUUGGUCUGGACUUUUCCCUGACCGUACAAUUCCCGAAUUUGACCGUUCUGGCUAUAAACGUUUUAAUAGACAUUGGGAUGAUGAUUCUGCAAUGUUUCGACUUGAAUACAAAAUGCAGCCGGGAAGUUGGUUUUAUAUUAAAAGGUAUAAUCCUAGAGCGGCGUUGUACAAGAAGAGGGAAGAAGUGGCUAGUGGAUAA